CAGCGCCGCUUCAGCCGCAGGUUUUGCCGACGGGGCAGCCGCAAUCAGCUCUGUCUUUUCAGCCGAUUUUGCCUCAGCAGGUUCCAUUGCAGCCCGUUUCGAUCCCGCAGCCGCCCGUGCAGCCGAUCCCGGUGCCCAUCCCGGCUCAGCAGCCCAGCCGGCACCACAGCCGGCAUCUUCUGAGCCAGCGCCAUCUUCUCAGCAGCCACGCCCCAAGCCGCCAUUGCGGAGCAACAGGGACAGCGCGUCUGCGCCGCCACGCCCCAAGUCUCCGCCCAAAGGUCCUGCGUCUGCGCGAUCUCACCGGAAAGAGAAAGGUCCCGCGCCUGCGCAGCACCACCCUAAGUUGUCGCCCGGAAACACGUCGACGAGCAGCGACACGGAAACGGAGGAGAUACACGGAAGUCCGAAGAGAGCCUCCGUAAAUCCUGCUUACAAAAAAGAAACCGUUCUAGGAAAACGGGGAAAGCGCACCACAACUACGAAAACUCGACCAUACUCUGCACAGCGGAAGCGUGAGUUAAGGGAAAAGUAUUCCCGAUUGCCUAACGAGACUAUAACUGAUUAUGUUUAUAGAAUUGUGGUGAGUGGGGCGGAUUCUGUAAUUGUAUCCCUCGAAGAGGUACAAGGAACCGCUUGGGGACCUGAAAUGUCUCUUGGGAAUGGUCCCGAGGGAGAUCUCACAUUAAGUUCUAGAAUCCUUUAUUGGGCUGGUUCUUAUCGUUCUUCAGAUAGAGAUGAAUUAACUGAAUUUUGUGUUUCAGAUCGUGAUGAUUUAAUUGAGGUAAUCACAAAGCUGGCAUGUGUGCAGGCCAUGGACCAGCAUGGAAUUAACCCGAAUCCUAUGGAUGCCCCAAUUGAACCAAACAGGCUUCACCCUUUGGUGAAAGGUUUACCAGGAAUUCUAAGGGGUGUAUGUGAGGCCAGAAGGGAGAGUAUUGAGAAAGAAUUGCAAGAGAGUAUUCAGACAGGAGGUAGCUCAUUACACCACACUACGUGGGGGGAACUCCUAGAGGAAUUAGUUGCAAAAGGGCAAACUUUAGGUUAUUCUGAUAGUACGCCUUUACAGCCUUCCUUCCCUAAGAAGAAGACAUUUGACAGCAAGAGCAAGCCUCCAAUUGCCUCGCAUGGGAAGAAGCAAGAAGAGAGGCACGUCAAAGUAUCUGGUAGACCUGAAAGCCUGAAGGGGAGCCCACGAACGAGUCCACGGUCAAGCCCCAGGGGAAGCCCUGAGACUAACCGUCGCUCUAGUUCAGGAAUAUUCUGGGGGCAAAGUCCCUACUAUGGGCAAGGUGUCUACCUAAAGGAGCAUAAAUAUGGAGUGAAGGCUCGUGAUUUAAUCAAAGGAAAUCCCAGCCGGGUAGAGCCCAUGAAGGCUGAACUCAAUGCCGUGAGUAAAACCAUGUCUGAGAUGAAAAAGUUAUUAGAACAGGCACUGAAAGGCCAUGAUGGAGAUAAGGCAGGAAAGGACCAUAAGAGGGGUUCAAGAACCACCUCUCCCAAUAAGUCAGGUCAGUCUGAUCAGCAAGGGGCUAAAGGCAAGUCAAAAAACUAGGAGUAGCGAUGAAUGUCUCAGGCCUCACUCAUCGCUUUGUUUCUGCUUGUCAGUGGUCUGAAAAACCUGAACCCUUCAUUAUGAUCCCAACAGGACCAGACAGAACUGCUGUUAAGUACCUAAUAGAUACAGGUGCACAAAUUACUGUGUUGAAUGAACAACUGGCAAAACGCCUCAGAAUUCUGCCAUCUAGUAAGAAGAUAAAAAUAACAGGUGUAACAGGACAACCUGACAUAUGCCACUUGGCUAAAACAAGACUAUGGUUACCCGGGGAGAAGAGAAGUACCCUAGUAGAGGUAGCAUUAUGUGCUUGUCAACAUAAUAUUCUUGGAUUUGAUGUUUUAGCAGGUAGAAGGUGGCAUCUUCCAGAUGGAACAUUAUGGAGCUUUGGUGCUUAUGAGCAGUUCCAAGUCUCUCAUCCACAGUGACAGCGAUCCAAGCAGCCUCUCACACCUGGAUGGCAACUUUGGACAUGAAGGACAUGUUUUUCAUGGUACCACUAAGAGAAGAGGACAAACCGCAGUUUGCAUUUACUUGGCAAGGUAUUCAAUACACAUUCAACAGUCUCCCACAAGGGUACAAACACAGUGCAACUAUUGCACAUAACACGCUUGCAGCUUUACUUGACACUGUUCAGCUUCCUAAAGAUGUUAAGGUGUAUCAUUACAUUGAUGACAUCUUGGUGGGAGGGAAGGACAAAGAACAAGUUGCUACAGUAGCUGAGAACAUUUGAAAACUGUUAACUGAUAAAGGACUAACCAUUCCAAAGGAAAAGUGCCAAGGUCCAAACCAGGAAGUUAAAUUCCUGGGAUCCUGGUGGGUAGCAGGUGCAGUGUCUGUGCCAGAGGACACCCUUCAAGAAAUUGUAAAGGACCAGAUACCCCAGAACAGAAAGCAGCUGCAACAAUUGUUGGGUACCUUGGGUUACUGGAGGAAACACAUCCCAGGUUUCUCCGUAAUUGCUCAUCCUCUGUAUGAUUUGCUUAAGAAGCACAAGGUUUGGGAUUGGACUCCACGACAUUCUGAGAGCCUGAGAGUUUUCAAAGAUGAACUGAAGGCAUAUCAGAAGUUGGGGCCUUUGCACCCAAAAGAUGCCCUGAGGGCUGAAUGGGGUUUUUCCGAGCAUGCCUCAUACUGUGGAAUUUUUCAGAGAGGACCUAAUGGUCCUAGUAGAGCUCUUUUGUUUUCCUCAACAGCAUUCAAAGAGACCAAGACACGGUACUCGGAAUGGGAAAAGGGACUCCUUUCCCUAACUCGGGCUGUCAAAGAGGCAGAAAAGCUUCGCACUACACAAGACAUUGUAGUGCAAGGCCCGUUUUCACUGCUAAAAUCCUUAAAGGAUCUCCUCCACCAGAAGGAAUUGCCCAAAAGGCCACUGUAAGAAAGUGGUAUACCUACCUAGAGGGAAUCUCACAGCUAAUGCCACUGAGAGAGGGACCUACAGAGGUAUCCAACAGCCCAUCAACCCUGACAAGGCACUACUUGGUCAGCCAUAUAAGCCUUCUCCUAUUCAGGUGGCCCCAGAAAUAACCGCAGACUCAGAUAAGUCGGGAGUGUGGUUCACAGAUGCAUCCUCUCGGAGGGUGGGGUCAAAGUGGCGUUACAAAGCCGCUGCCUUGGAGAUUGCUACAGGCCAAGCCAUCACUGAAGAGGGUGAUGGCAGUGCACAGGUAGGGGAACUGCAUGCUCUCAUGCUAGCAGCAGAGCAUGGAGCAACAACCAUUUACACCGAUUCCUACUCCACGUUCAAAGGCGCCACUGAGUGGAUUUGCCAGUGGGAAGCGAAUCAGUGGAAGGUUUCGAAUGUGGAAGUUUGGAGGGCUGAUGACUGGAAAAGGCUAUUAGAGAUAGGCCGAUCCAGAUCCCUUAAUGUUGGUUGGGUUAAAGGGCAUUCCAAACAGCAAACUCCAGCUGCAACCUGGAAUGAUCAGGCAGAUUACCUGGCAAAAAUAAACAUAGUCGAUGAUGAGAAAGAUGAGUGGUGGAGAUUAGCUGAAUGGCUACACAUUAAAAGAGGCCAUUCAGGAAAGGCAGACCUCUACUACGAAUGUAGAUCCAGAGGAUGGCCAAUUUCUAUGACUACCUGUGAGGAAAUCAUUUCAUCUUGUCCACAGUGUAAAAUUAGGCUCAAAGCCAAUCACCCCAACCUAGCACCAGCACAACACAUCAGAGGAGACAAAAAAUUAUGGAGCACAUGGCAAGUUGACUAUGUGGGACCCUUUAAACCCUCACAUGGGAAGAAAUACAUACUGGUGGGGGUGGAAGUGGUUUCAGGAUUAGUCAUGGCUACAGCAACUAGUGCUGCCACAGGCGCUCAAACUAUUGAGGUUUUGAAACAGUGGUUUAGUUUCUUGCCAAUGCCAGAAUACAUCCAAAGUGAUAAUGGAUCUCACUUUACAGCAUCAUCUGUACAAGACUGGGCUAAGGGUGAGGGAGUUACAUGAGUAUUCCAUACUCCCUACUAUCCUCAAGCUAAUGGUAUUGUAGAGAGAACAAAUGCUCUGAUUAAAAAACAUGCCAUUGUAUCCAAAGGUAACUGGGAUAAAAGUUUGCCAUAUGCAGUCUUCAUCGUGAAUAACUGUGGGAAGCUUUCUCCUGCAACGAGGUAUGGAAUGUAAACAUCAGGCCCUGUGAUGGGAAGUGUCCUUGGGUCUUACAGGCUCCAAGGGGCCUAGGCUGAAAACUAUGAGCACCCCACGCACAGCUGUCAGGGGGUGGAAUCUGCCGGCCCCUGGGGCGGACACAGCCCCAGGGGGCUGACCCUGGCCAGCCCCCCUGGGUGCUACUCACAGGUUGUUUACCACAGGUAACCUAUCUCUCCCUUACACACAACUUGGGGCCAAUCUGUACUGUCCACUUCGGCCAGCCCCAGGCUGGUUGUGCACACCCUCUCUGGGGGCUAUAUAAACCAUUGCAUUGCCUUAAUAAAUCGUGCUGAUGCACAGAUGCCUAGAA